CCCCCCCCCAAACCAAAUUUCUAGCCGCAAUCCCUCGCGGCGCAAUCGAGGCUUUCCAUGUAUCGCAAAGCAUCAGGCGGGAUGGGUUUCUCCUUCAAUCGAUUCAUGACCAAUGCCUUCCCCAACUUCGCAAACGACAAUCCUGAGCGAGAUGCCGAUCUCACCAUGAACGAGAAAGAUAUCUUGUGGACACAUCAAAUUUCAGGGGCAGAGGCCGCGCAAAGGUCACCCAUGACAUUGGACACCGAAAGCGCAUUGAAUGCAGGCAUAACUCCAAGCGGUAAAAUAUCCGCGCGCAUUCACAAGGAACUGGUCAAGAACGGCAUCAUUAACUCCAACGCCCCCCUCGGCAUCGACACCACAAGAAUCACUCCGAAAUUCGCACAUCAGCUGGCUUUCAUAAGCGUCGCGGCCCAGCGCAAAGUGAUCGGUAUGCUCUUUUUCUGGGAGGAAGAAGCCAUCCGAUGGAGAUUGUUGGAGCAGGAGCAGGCCGAGAUCGAGACCGCGAUGGGUGUCGAGGGGGUCAGCGAAGAGACGAAGAAGGAGUUGAGAAUCCGGCUGGAGAGUGUGAAGAUGAGGAAAAGCAUGAGCCCUAGUCAGAGGCCGACGAUGCAGGAUGCAGGUCAUCAGGAGGCUUCAGGCCCGCCGCAGUACUCGUAGCGAGUUCUCGCAAAGGAGGACAGCUCGAUAGGGGUUGAGCUUGGGCUUUACUUGCCACUCGCGUGAGGAAGCGCUUUAUCUAUUGAUUGGACCUCUUAGUGCGUGUCCUCCAGCUCUGGGUCUUUGCCAUGGGGGAUAUGCUACGUCGCGAAAAUCGUGGACAUCUUUCUCAACGUUGAUAUUUUGACAAAAGGCCGUCACAAGGGGCGUUCUUCGCCCCCAGAUACAGUAAGUGCGGAUGGGGUACAAAGGGAGACGAUCGUCAUGGAGGCAGCUUAGCUAUAAUAUUCGGAUUUCAAUGCUCGUCCAACAAGUCAGACCUUAUAUCUAAUGCAUGCA